AUGGUAAUGGCAAUGGCAUUGGAAAUGAUAAUAGUAGGCAAUGGCAAUAUUAACGCUAAUGGUAAUGCUUAUAGUAAUGGUAAUUGCAAUAGUAAUGAUAAUGGUAAUGUCAAUGGUCAUGGUAUUGGUAAUGGUGAUGGUAAGGGUAAGGGUAAUAGUAGUAGUAAUGGUAGUCGUAACGGUAAUUGCAAUGGCAAUGGUAAUGGCUAUGGCAAGGGUAAUAGUAAUGGCGAAAAUGGCAGUAGCGCUUUGCACGCCAGCCAGCCAGCCAGCCAGUCAACCAGCCAACCAACCAGCCAGCGGCCACUCAAAGGCGAAAGCGUUCGUAAGCCACCCCGCGCGCACGAACUGAAAGAAAGGCGAAAGAAAUGUGGCAUGCGAUCGAAUGUGGCAAUGCAAAUCGUGUCGAUUUGUUCAAAUCAAAUUGAAAUUUACCGUAAGGUUGAAGAAGAUCAGCGCGCACCGACGACGCAGCGGUUGAGUAGUGCACGAGACGGCACGCAACAACGCCGCUACAAGUCCAACCACCAACAGCAACAACAGCAGCAAUUGUAG